GUCCAUCUUUGGGAAUUUAUUUGUCCACAGACGGGGCUGGCCCACAGUCCAUUGCCUGCCAGGGGCCAAGAGCAGCUCUGACCACCCAAAGAUUCUCCUUCUCAAUCCAAGUACCUCCAACUAACCGCUGACUCCUGAUCUCUGGCCCCAAGCUGCCCUGCCCUACCCUACCUAAGGGACCAGGAACCCCCUAGAAGCGCCACUGUAGACGUGAGCAUUGACAACGCUCUCACCUCAAGAGCAAAGGCUGCACGGCGCUCAGUUCUCAGCCCCCAGCCUGGCCCACCAUGGCACAGCGGCUCCAGGACGAGCUGUCUGCUUUCUUCUUUGAGUAUGACACUCCCAGAAUGGUGCUCGUGCGCAACAAGAAGGUGGGCGUCGUCUUUCGCCUGAUCCAGUUCGUGGUUCUGGUCUACGUCAUUGGGUGGGUGUUUGUCUACGAGAAAGGCUACCAGACCUCAAGUGGCCUCAUCAGCAGCGUGUCUGUGAAGCUCAAGGGUCUGGCCGUGACACAGCUUCCAGGCCUGGGCUCCCAGGUCUGGGAUGUAGCUGAUUACGUCUUCCCAGCCCAGGGGGACAGCUCUUUCGUGAUCAUGACCAAUUUCAUUGCGACCCCCCGACAGACUCAAGGCUACUGUGCAGAGCACCCGGAAGGGGGCAUAUGCAAAGAUGACAAUGGUUGUACCCCAGGGAAGGCAGAAAGGAAGGCCCAAGGGAUCCGCACCGGCAAGUGUGUGCCCUUCAACGACACCGUGCAGACAUGUGAGAUCUUCGGCUGGUGUCCAGUGGAGGUGGAUGACAAUGUCCCACGCCCUGCCCUUCUCCAAGAAGCCGAGAACUUCACUCUCUUCAUCAAGAACAGCAUCAGCUUUCCACGCUUCAAGGUCAACAGGCGCAACCUGGUUGAAGAGGUGGAUGAGGCCUACAUGAAGACCUGUCUCUAUCACAAGGUCUUGCACCCGCUGUGCCCUGUCUUCAGGCUUGGCUAUGUGGUACAAGAGUCAGGACAGAAUUUUCGCACCUUGGCUGAAAAGGGCGGCGUGGUAGGCAUCACCAUCGACUGGCACUGUGACCUGGACUGGCAUGUGAGACACUGCAAGCCCGUCUACGAGUUCCAUGGACUGUAUGAGGAGAAAAACCUGUCUCGAGGCUUCAACUUCAGGUUUGCCAGGCACUUCAUGGAAAACGGGACCAACCACCGGCACCUCUUCAAGGUGUUUGGGAUUCGCUUUGACAUUCUUGUGGAUGGCAAGGCUGGGAAGUUUGACAUCAUCCCCACAAUGACCACCAUUGGCUCUGGGAUUGGCAUCUUUGGAGUGGCUACGGUUCUCUGUGACCUGUUGCUGCUCCACAUCCUGCCCAAGAGGCACUACUACAAGCAGAAGAAGUUCAAGUAUGCGGAGGACAUGGGGCCAGGGGCGGGUGAACGUGACCCCACAGCCACCAGCUCCACCCUGGGCCUGCAGGAGAACAUGAGGACGUCCUGACCCUCAGCCGCUGACUCCAGACCGGACACAGCAUGACGCUUCAGGCAGGGACCCUGGUGGGGUCCCAGCCAGGACACAGUGGUCUCCUCGGGAGCUCUCCACCCACUCAGCCAGCCACUCACUAGGUUACUUGCGGGCUCAGCGUGGACACUGGGAGACACCUGUGCAUUCUGGGCUCUGGCCCAGACUCCACGACCUCCAAGGGAGCUCCACCCCAGCCUCAGCCACUCCUGGUCUGGAGGGGCCGGGGCUGGGCAAGGCUCCUCUCACACUCCUGUGUCAGAGACAGACGUGUGCUUCUCUCCCUGGGCCUCGUGCACCCCAUUGCCUCAUGUCUCUAGAUCCAUGCUUUCCCAUAGGGCAGACCCUCGCCGUGAUGACCAUUUAAAUUUAUAUUAACUCAGAUUGAUUAAAAUACAAGAUGCAGUUCCUAUAGCCACAUCACAACUGCUCAAUAGACAUCUGUGUCUAGUGGCUGCCAUAUUGAACCACAUAGAAUAUUGCAGAAAGUUCUAUUGGACUGCUCUGCUUAAGUCCGGUUUCUCACUGGCCCCAGAUUCUCCUAGGGAGCUUUUCAACAGGGCAGGCACCCGGACCCACCUCAGACCUCCCGAACCAGAAUCUGUAGGGCUGUCCACAGAUCUGCAAGGAUGGCAAACUCUGGACCGUUUUCAGGAUGUACGUUUAAGAACCGCUCCUGAUUGGUCACCAGAUUCAGCCUGGGCAUGCGUGACCUGGCAGACGCCAGUACUGAGCAGGUGUGUGGUGUGUUUAUCAGCCACGCUGUGUCUCACGUACACACCCCCAUGCACAUACUUAUGCACAUCCACACCCUCCUUCCACCCGCACUCUGGUUUUGAACAGCUAGAGCCCUGCAAACACAACCGUCUAAACAUACCCAUGCCCUCAAGUACUGACACGUGGUCCGUGCCACAGCACCCCCAGGGGCGUAUGCUUCUCCCCGACUGUCAGGCUGAGACAGUCCCCUCUAGCCACGAAUCCUUACUCGGCUACCUCAGGUUGGGGUGCAGACGGCCAAAUCCUGGGCCUCCUGCUCAUGGCCCCACCUCAGCGCCUAAGGCCUGCCUGGUACUGUUUGAACACAAGGUCUGGGGAAAGUGAGGGGCGGAGUACAAUAAAAGGAAUGAGGCUUUUAAUCAAA